CUUGUGAUUUCAGUCAAUAUAAAAUAACAACAAAAAAUUUUUGAUAAAACUUAAUACACUACAUUUUUUUCAACAAGUUAUUUGUAACAUUUUACACUAAACUAUCGUUCUUCAAAAAAUCGUAAUGAAACUAUUUUUUUUAGUUUUCUCUACAACUAUCUUAUUUAUGGUUAUCCAUAAUGAUCAUUACAUGUCAAUGAGUAAAGCCUUGUCUCAUCGUUAUAAGCCUCGGGAUUCAUCCACAUCCAAUUUAUGCGACGAAUGUAAUUGUGACAUAGCAGAGAAAAAAUUAUUUAAUUGCCAUCAUAAGUAUUGUAUUUACUGUAUAGAAAAUAUAAGAAAAAGUGCUUAUAACGGUGAAGAAUAUCUAUGUAAAUUAAAAUGGAAGAAAUCAUCAUUAAAUAAAGAUAUUUGUAUGUCAAAAUUAAUAAGAGGAAAUUGCCUAAAUUGUAAUGAAGUUAAGCCAGUAGAUAAUUUGUUUGAAUGCCAUCAUACAUUUUGCGAAGACUGUAUAAAAUAUAUAAAAAAAGAAAAAACUCAUUAUUGUCCAAUAGAUGACUGUAAAAAAAAAGUACUCCUAGAGAAAUGCGAUAAAUGUAAAUACUACAAUCCAGUAGAAAAGUUGUUUGAUUGUCAUCAUGAGUAUUGUAAAAGAUGUAUAAAAACAAUAAGACAAGAUGCUUAUUAUUCUAAAAUAGAACGUUGUGAAAAAGAUUCGUGUAAGUCAACAUUACCCAAAGGAAAUUGCCUAAAUUGUAAUGAAGUUAAGCCAGUAGAUAAUUUGUUUGAAUGCCAUCAUACAUUUUGCAAAGGCUGUAUAAAGCUUUUAAUAAACAGUUAUACUAAAAUUUGUCCAAUAGAUGAGUGUAAACAAAGAGUACUUGUAGGACUGAAAUUACAAAUAUGUGGUGGCUGUGGAAAAGAUUUUUUAAAUACGAGCUUUUGCCUUCUCGUAUCGAAAUUGAUUAUUGUAAAGAUUGUAUUAAAGAUGCAAAAAAAAUAACUACUAGACAUGAUAAACCCAAUUACAGUUUUAAUCAUUUACGUUAAUUAACUUAUCAAUAUUGAAAUAUUAACGAUUUAAUAAUAAAUUGAUUUUUGUGUUAUAAU